AUGGAAACUGAAGAGGAUGCAUUAGAAGAGCUACUCAAUGUGGAGACAGAGAUUGAAGAUGUUCAAGACCAGAUAAAGUUAUUACUAGACAGACAAGAGAAGUUGUACGAGAGACAAUCUGAAUUGAAGUUUUUGUUAGAAGCAUAUAAAACAUCUGGAGCUGGGAAUUCUGUUGAUGAAAAUGCUUCUUGUUCUUCUUCUUUGGAAGACUGGUCAGGUUCAUUUGAGUGGGAUUCUCAAGCUGAUUAUGUCAGGCUUAAUAUUUUUGGCAUACCCUCUUAUCGUCAAAAUCAAAAGGAGAUCAUAAAUGCUAUCAUGAGUGGAAGGGAUGUUCUAGUGAUUAUGGCUGCAGGUGGUGGUAAGAGCCUUUGCUACCAACUCCCAGCUGUUCUUCGUGAUGGUGUGGCCCUUGUUAUAAGUCCUUUACUUUCUUUGAUCCAAGAUCAGGUUAUGGGUUUGACUGCUUUAGGCAUUCCAGCAUUCAUGUUGACAUCGACCACUAGCAAGGAAAAUGAGAAAUUCAUAUAUAAGGCUCUUGAAAAGGAUGAAGGCGAGCUUAAAAUCUUGUAUGUCACACCAGAAAAGAUAUCAAAGAGCAAAAGAUUCAUGUCAAAACUUGAAAAAUGCCACAAUGCAGGACGCCUCUCACUAAUUUCAAUUGAUGAGGCACAUUGCUGUAGUCAGUGGGGUCAUGACUUUCGUCCUGACUACAAGAACCUCGGUAUCCUCAAGACUCAGUUUUCCAAUGUUCCUGUGGUGGCUUUGACUGCAACUGCCACACAGAAAGUCCAGUAUGAUGUAAUGGAGAUGCUGCACAUUCCAAAAUGCAUUAAAUUUGUCAGUACAGUCAACAGGCCAAACCUUUUCUACUCGGUAUGGGAGAAGUCAUCUGUUGGUAAGGUGGUGGUUGAUGAAAUUGCUGAAUUCAUUCAAGAAUCUUAUCCAAACAAUGAAUCUGGGAUAGUGUACUGCUUCUCCAGAAAAGAAUGUGAACAGUUAUGGAAUGCUGAAAUAAGUGAAUUUGCAGAUAACUGUGUAGAAACAGAGAAACUAUUGAAGCCUUGCUCAGCUGAAACUUUUUACUGUAAAUCAUAUGAUUGUGAGCAGCUUAUUUUGUGCUUACUGCUUAGUGUGCUUUCAAGGUUUGCCAUUACUUGCAUUAAGAAAGUUGCAGCAGAGUUAUGUGACAGAGGAAUUUCAGCCGAAUAUUACCAUGCAGAUAUGGAUGUAAAUGCUCGUGAGAAAGUUCAUAUGAGGUGGCAUUUGGAAUGGGAAUCAACAAACCAGAUGGUUGUUAUUAGUAUUUUACAGUUUUAUGUUUAUGAUCUGAUGGCUACUUUUGCAGCUCUAUGUAGACUUAGGUUUGUCAUUCAUCACAGCCUGAGUAAAUCGAUGGAAACAUAUUACCAGGAAAGUGGUCGAGCUGGACGAGAUGGGCUCCCUUCUGAAUGUGUACUUUUUUACAGGCCUGCUGAUGUCCCCAGGCAGAGUUCGAUGGUUUUCUAUGAGAAUUCUGGAUUGCAGAAUCUAUAUGACAUAGUAAGAUACUGUCAGGUACGUCAUUGCUAUAAAUUUGGAUAUUUGUAG